AUUUGAAUUUUAUGUCAGCUACAGGAACAAUAACACUGAUACAUCAGACAGGAGUAAGAAGAAACAGGAAGCCAAUGACAUUCAGAGAGACAGAAACAAAUUUAAACAAAUACAAAAACAUUUUAAGAAUGUGAACAUUGAGUCCAUCAACACAUGAACAAAAGGAGUCAAUAAGCUUUAUCUGAAGCAAACUUAACUUAAACAUCAUCAUUUUACCUUUAUGAAUCGAGAAACAUCCAGAACCUUGUAAUCUCAAGUGAUUUGAUUUGUUAAAUGCUGUCAGAAUCUCUAUAAUUCAUACUUUAGUUUGUUCUAUGCAGUGUGGAUGUGUUUUAUGGUCUUGGUCUGCAGACUUCAUAGCUCAAUCAUUUGCCUGUUAGGUAGAGAACUGAGGCCUGAGAACGGGAAGUGUAAUGUUUGCUGACUUAUAUAACUGUUAAUGUAAUGCACUUGAAAGAGGAACUUAUCAUCUGACAUACAGCAUAACGUUAAACAGAGCUUGAGAUGCUCAGAGGAGACAAAGAAGAGCUGAAUGUACCUGAGAUGACGACUGAAUACAUGAGAAGAAUGAAGAUGAUGUUGACUUUCACACUGCUGAUGAUUCCUGGAGCUCUGAGCUUCAGUGUGACGGGAUAUACAGGAGGAGCAGUCACCAUCACAUGUCAAUAUGAGAAAAGAUAUAUAAGAAAUGUGAAGUAUUUUUGUAGAGGUCAGAAGCCUCGACGGUGUUCUGAUCUGAUCAAGACUGAUAUAAAAAAUAAAUGGUUUAAGAGUGAAAGAUUCUCUCUGUAUGAUAACACAACAGCAUCAGUCUUCACUGUCAACAUCACUGAUCUAAAGGAACGCUGAUUCAGACACAUACCAGUGUGCAGUUGAUCGAUCUUUAUGGAUAUCUACACUGAAGUGAAGCUUACUGUUAGAGAAGGUGAGUAAUCCAGACACAACAAACAAGUUGGAACAGAAACAAACAAUUUAAUUAUAAUGUCCAGGUUUAUUUAACUCAUACUUGAUUCAGGAUUUGUCAUGUGCAGCAGUGACGAUAAUGCAGCCUUUUUACUUAGUUUUAUCCCUCAAACUAUCACAGUUUAUUCAUCAUGUCUUAGAGCAAAGCUUUGAAGAAAACACACAUCCAUCAACACCACCACCAUCUUCAACAAUUGAAACUCCAUCUCCUACAACACUAAACACCCGGCCAUCAGCGUCUGAUUCUCCAACUGCUUCUUCUGAUAUCUUGAGCAACUCUUCUCUAAAAAUCAUCAUUCUUGUGUGUGUGGCUGUGAUUCUGAUCUUCACUGGACUUCUGUUGUUCAUUCUGCUUUACUGCAGGAGACGUUCAGCUCGAGAUGCUGUUUCAGAUGGCAAAAUGUCUCACUCAGAAGCAGAAAACUAUGAAUCGGUUACUGAAAUCACUCUUGGUUAUGAGGAGAUUAAAGCCAUCGGACAUCUGACAGGCACCAUCACAGACUGCAAUACUACACCAUUACCCACAAUCCCCUCUGAUGCCCCGAACACUGUUUAUUAUACGGUUCAAUUACCCACAAUCCCCUCUGAAACUCCCAACAUUUUUCCUGCUACUCCACAAUUUUCCACAAAUGGCUCCGAUACUUCUAAAACUGUUUAUGAUAAUGUAACAUUACCCACAAUCCUCUCUGAUGUCUAUGCUACUGUUCAAUAGCACACAGGUUUCCAGAAAUACAGAGAGAACUGUCUGGAAAAAAAUCAGAAUAGUACCACAACAAACACAUUCUGGUAAUUCUAUUUGGUCUCCUGUAGUCACGUGUUUGUGUUCGUCUGCUGUCCACUGAAUAUCUUCUGUGACAUUCACUUCACUGAGGUCACCACUAGAGGACAGCACUGAGCUUCAACAUAGUUUCCUUACUUUUGACUGCUGUUUUCUGUUCAGAUGACUUUGUCAAUGAUGUAUAUUUUUUAUGCUUUUUGGUGCACUUUAUAUUUUAGGUUUGGAAUUAACUGUGAUUUAACUUUAUAGUUUAUUAUAAAUUUUAAACACACACAAUGGUACUUUUAAUUUUGUAGAGUAUAUAAAAAGUUAAUUAGAUAAACUUCCGCUCUGUGUUUGCUCA